AUGUCGGAGGAGCUUCGCUUAGAGGUGUCCCGGCUGGCAGAUCUGCUGACUGCCGCAGAGGCCCAGGUCUUGGAAAAGUCCGAUGCUAUGGAGCGCGCUGAGGAGCGCCUGGCUACAAAGACCGCUGAGGCGGAAGCCUUCGAAACAGCAGAGCUAUGGCAGCAAAAGCAGGAGGCUGCAGUGGCUGGAAGACUCGCCAGACUAGUUCAGCAGGCCACGGAUCAGGAGGAGGAGAUUGCGUCGCUCCAGAUAUCUCUGCAGGCGGAGCGCGCAGCAUUGGCUGUGCUGCGCCGGAGUGAGCUUCAGAUCUCCGACGCCGUGGUGGAAAGCAAGAGCCUCCCCGUGCGACUUGCUCGGGCGGAUGUGGACGAGGCCAAGCAUCGGUGGCGGCUGGAACACAGCUUUUCAGUGUCGGCCAUCCAGAAAUCUG